AUGGGUGCCCUCCUUUCUCUGCCACUUUUGGCCGUGCCGAGUGUGGGCACACUCGUAACAAUCGGAACAUCAUGCUGUGGAGCAGCAACAUGCUCGAUGGUGUGCAGCGCCUGCGGAAAGUUCCAAAACAGUAUGGCGACGAGAAUUGCCUAUGCCUUCAUCCUCUUGAUCAACUCGAUAAUUUCCUGGAUUAUGCUCACACCAUGGGCGCUGAAGAAGUUGCAACACUUGACUCUCGACUACAUGGAAAUUCGAUGCGACGGGAAGGAAUGUCACGGCUGGGUCGCGGUUCAUCGCAUCAACUUUGCUCUCGGUCUCUUCCACUUGAUCUUGGCCCUCUUGCUCCUCGGUGUCAAAACCUCGAAAGAUAGCCGCGCUUCUCUGCAGAAUGGAUACUGGGGUCCGAAAAUCAUCCUCUGGAUGGCAUUCGUUGUCAUGUCAUUUUUCAUCCCCGAGCCCUUCUUCUUCGUCUACGGCAACUACAUCGCCUUCUUCUGUGCCAUGCUAUUUCUCCUCUUGGGGUUGAUCCUACUCGUGGAUCUUGCGCACUCUUGGGCCGAGUUGUGUCUGCAGAAGAUCGAGGACAGUGAUUCCCGUGUGUGGCGUGGUCUGCUUAUCGGUUCGACCCUCGGCAUGUACCUGGCAUCCUUCGUCAUGACUAUCCUAAUGUACAUCUUCUUCGCCAACAGCGGAUGUUCUAUGAACCAGGCUGCUAUCACCGUUAACUUGGUUGUAUUCUUGAUCAUCUCAUUCGUCUCCGUUCAGCCGGCGGUUCAAGAGUCAAACUCUCGCGCAGGAUUGGCCCAGGCUGCAAUGGUCACUGUCUACUGUACUUAUCUCACCAUGUCUGCUGUCUCGAUGGAGCCUGAUGACAACAACUGCAACCCCUUGAUCCGGUCUCGCGGAACCAGGAAUGCUACCAUUGUCCUGGGGGCCAUCGUCACCAUGGCCACAAUUGCAUAUACCACUACCCGCGCCGCCACACAAGGAAUUGCGCUGGGAUCCAAGGGUGGCCACAGCUACAUCCAGCUGGGUGAAGACGAUAAUGAGCACGGCUUGGUGACCCAACAACCAACUGCUCGUCGUGAGAUGCGCGCUGAAGCCCUCCGCGCUGCCGUUGAGAGUGGUAGUCUGCCUGCCAGUGCUCUCGAUGACAGCGACGACGAGGAAGAGUAUGAGACUGCCAAGGAUGAUGAGCGCGGGUCCACCCAGUACAACUACUCGCUCUUCCACAUCAUCUUCUUCCUGGCCACAACUUGGGUGGCCACGUUGCUGGUCCAGGGACUAUCACUCGAGACUAACACCAAGUUCGCUCCAGUUGGCCGCACAUAUUGGGCCAGCUGGGUAAAGAUCGUCAGCUCCUGGGUCUGCUAUGCUAUCUACUUGUGGACCCUCGUUGCUCCUGUCCUUCUGCCGGAUCGCUUCGGUGUUUACUAG